GGCGACCUCGACACGAGUGAAAUAGUGUAUAGUCGCGACCGACAGAGAGAGCGAUGGACGAGCUACCGACGAGCUUCCAGAGCACCAAGAAGCCGCUGUAUGUGCCCAAGGCCAAGGCGAAAGCAAAGGACAGUGGCGACGAGCGGCGCAGCGUAGGCCACGCCAACCCGCGCAGCAAGCGCCCGCGACACCAGCCGAGCUCGCAUGCAACGUCGCACUACCGCCCGCAGCCAGCGCAAGUAGCCGCGUCAUCAACGAGCGGGUUUGGACGGAGCUUCUUUAAAGAAUCCUUUCUUGAGGACCCGUGGCGCGAGCUCCUGGAAGGGCGGCCACCUCGUGAGAGCCAGCCCCGAGGCGCGUCGGGCAGCGCUGGCUUUGGUCGGUCGCUCUUCCAGCCGUCGUUCUUGGAGGACCCGUGGGCCCCGCUGCUAACCCAUGCAUAAUGCAAGAUCAAGUCAUGCAUGUUCUAAUA